AUGCACCACGAGCUACUCACCUGUCACCGGGCUUUUCUCCCCCCCCGCAAAACCCUCUUCUCCUCCACACUCCUUCCCUCCCCCAGCCGCCCGUUGCUGCAACCACGCCUGCUCUCCGACUGCGCCUCCUGUGCUCCCCACAAUCCCCACCCAUCCUCCGCCAGAGCGUCCGCCUCCUCGUUCUCCCAAAACGGCGCGUCUUCUUAUCCGCCUUACCAGCAACCCCCUUACCGCCAACAACCCUCCUUCCCACCACCCCUCUCCUACCCGCCUCCGUUCCCCACUCCAGCACCUUACCCUCACACCCCUCCGCUACCGUCACACUCGUUUCAACCGCAAUUGGGGUCGGCAACGUGUCCGCCCGGCGUGGGCGUGUUCUGGGACUACGAGAACUGCCCCGUGCCCGUCGGCGCCGACUGCGCUGCGCUCGUGCGGCGCCUGCGCGACGUGGCGCGCGCGUUCGGCGUGGUGCGGAGCGUGCGCGCGUACGGCAAGCCGGAGGAGGUGCAUGCGCGCAUGGUGGGGAAGAUGGGCGCGUGCGGCGUGGAGGUGGUGGCGGUGGCGGCGGGCAAGGAGAUGGCGGACAAGGCCAUCAUCACCGACGCGCUGCUCUUCGCUCUCGACGAGCGGGAGAUGAACCGAGGCGUGGCGCCGUGCGUGGUGUUGGUGUCGGGCGACGUGGGGUUCGCGGGCGUGCUUGCGAAGCUCACCAACCGUGGCGUCACCACCGUGCUGCUCGCGCGGCCGCGCAAGAACGGCAGCAAGGGCAAGCGCGGCACCAUCCCCGCGCCCCUGGCGCAGUCAGCGGGCGUCACUCUCGACUGGGACCAGCUCAUCCUCGCGGGGGAGAGUGGUGCGGGCGGGGAGAACGGGUGGAGGGGCGGCAGCAGAGGCGAGGAGGAGAUGCAGCAGAGGCUGCGAUCGCUGGAGGAGCGACUGGCGCACGUGGAGAGGGGCGUGGCCAGUGGCGGCCAGGACAGCAUGACAAGCUGUAGUGGCGCCUCUGAUGGGCCGAUUGCAGCAGCAACCGACGCAUGUGAAGACAAGACCAAAGCAGGCAACGCGGAAGCUCCACCGCAGCCGGAGCUCAACGCGGCUGAGGCAGCAGUAUCCCACGUGGAGGGGUGGGAGGGGAUGGCGCGGAGGGAGUCGUGGGCGGAGGUGAUGGAGCGCGCCCUGCCCGUGCGCUCGCCCGCGGACGUGCUCACAGCGCGCCUGCGCGCCCACAUGCUCACCACGCUGGCGGCCCAUGGCACGCUGACCACGUCGUUGCUGUUCGUGGCGUACCAGCGCGUGUGGGGGCGGCAGCUGCGCCUGGCGGACUACGGGCUGCGCGACGUCAAGGCGCUCGUCGCGCUGCUGCCCCACGUCAUGGCCGUGAGCGAGGGGUGGCCGGGGCAGGCGGCGCGCAAGAAGAUGAGCGUGGAGGCGCGCGAGGCCAUGGCUCGCCGCCGGACAUUCUCCCUCGUGCGCUCGCACGGCAACCUGCGCGCGCUGGCGCUGGUGCAGUCGCGGCUGCGGUGCGUGGUGGUGGCCGCGCUGCAGGCGCACGUGGCCCGCGCGGAUGCCGCCUAUGCUGCUGCUCGCACUGCACGGGGCAGUGCUGGUGCGGUGGCGGGAAGAAAUGGGGGGGGCGCAGAGCGGGGUGGCAUGGGCGAGCAGGUCCCUGGGGACCGCGGAGCGUCGAGUGAAGGCAGCUCUAAUGGCAAGGAUGGGAGCGGCAGGAGCGGUACUAAUGGCAGUGGGAGCAUUAUCAAGAGCGGCGGCAGCGGCGGCACGGGGAUUGGAGCGCGUGACAGGAGGGCGAGCCGGUGGAUGCCCGUGGAGGAGGUGGGCGUGGCAGUGCGGCGUGUAUGCCAGGAGAGGCUCGGCGCGCUGCUGACCCGGCAUGGGUACGGGCGAGACGCCUUCUGCAACGUGUCUCAGAAGGCCCGGCUGGUGGCACUGCUGGCAGACAUGCCCGACCUGGUGCGCCUCAAGAAGCUGCGGGGCGCGGGGGGCGUGGUGCUGGUGGGGCUGGUGGCGGGCGCUGAGGCCGACCCUGUGGUGGCCCAGUGGGCCGAACGGAACGAGGGGCUGUGGGACGGGCGCGUGUACUCGUGGCAGGACCCCCGUGGGCAGGGGGAUGGCGGCUGGGAUGAGGGGGAGCGGGAUGACGACGAGGAGGACGAUGAGGAAGAGGAGGAGGAGGAAGCGGAUAUUGGGAGGUGGGUGGUAAGGGAGGCUGUGAGGAGAGGAGGCGAGGGGAGCAUGUUGGGUGAUGGAAGUGAGGGUGAUUGGAGUGAGGACGGGAGUGAUGGAGAGGAAGGGGAGGAAGAGGAGGAGGAGGAUGAAGAGGAGGAAGAGGAUGAGUGGUGGGAAGAUGAUGAGGAGGAGGAUGGUGACGAGGAGGAAGAAGAGGAGGAACAAGAGGAGGAAGAAGAGGAGGAGGAAGAGGAGGAGGAAGAAGAGGAGGAGGAAGAGGAGGAAUAUGAGGAGGAGGACGAGUAUGGGUUUCUGGCAACAGGGGAUAUGUACGAGGAAGAGGAAGAAGAGCGCUCAUGGCAGGGCAGGGAGGGCGGGGGGGCCAUGGGGGGCAGGGAGGGCGGGGAGGGCAGGGAGGGGGGGGAGGGCGGGGUGCAAGUGGAAGGUGAGAGGCGCACGAGGGAGGGUGGUGGCGUGGUGGGUGGGCGUGGCAGCACGCACAGUGAAUGGGGCGAGAAGGCGGAGGGCGAGAGUGCGCAAGGGCAGGGCAGCAGCGCGGGCGUAGCGGGGGUGCAGGCACAUGGAGCCUCGUCCUCGCCUGGCGAGUGCAGAGCAGGGGCAGCAGGCGGUGGGGUUGUGGAGGGAUACCGUGUGGUGGCAGGGUGGGAGGAGUGGCAGGGCGAGGAGGGCGAGGAGGGCGAGGAGGAAGAUGAGUAUGCAUAUUAUGCAGCGUAUGACAGCCAUGAGAGUGACGGGGAGGGGGAUGGAGAUGUGCAUGUGAAUGGUGCCGUGCAUGCACUGUCUCACCCGCCUCUCAUGGCGCCUGUGGAUGCUGCACCUUCACCUGCCCCUUCACCUGCACCUUCACCUGCCCCUUCACCUGUCCCUUCACCUGCCCCUUCACCUGCCCCUUCACCUUCACCUCCACCUUCACCUGCACCUUCAGCUGCCCCUUCACCUGCCCCUUCACCUGCCCCUUCACCUUCUCCUUCACCUUCACCUUCAGCUGCCCCUUCACCUGUCCCUUCACCUUCACCUUCAGCUGCCCUUUCUGGUGCCCCUUCAGUCGGAGGGAAUGACAAAGAGCACCAGGGCAGCAGCAACGGUGGGCAGUGGCCUGACGGUGUCCCCACAGCCGUGCAAUCCGCCGCGCGCCCUGCUCGCCUUCCUCGCCACCCAGCCCGCCGGCCUGCUGCCUCUGAGCACGCCCAGGGGGACGUGGGUCAACUGGUGCAGCACCACGCACACCCCUCUGCCCUGCACAAGCCAGACUGCCAUGCCCAAGUCACCCCAGGUACUGUCCACACCACAGCGCCCCACGACCUGCUGUGGCCCGCUGUGUUUGCAUCCGCGUCGGCCCUGCGCUCGCCCCUCGAGCUCGCCCUCCUGCGCUUCUCCCUCCACACCCUCACGCUCCUCGCCGCCCGCGGCCCGCUCCCUCUGGGCGGUAUGGCUCGGGAGUUUGUGCAGCGCGGGUGGUGGCGGCCCGACCCUGCUUGGGUUGAUGUGGAUGCGUUGGUUAGGCCGAUUACCACGGUGGUGCGUGAUUAUAAUGAUUAUGCGUAUAUCGACGGAGGUAAAACGAUGGGAGGGGAGGAAGGUACGAGGGAUGGAGGAGCCAAUGCGGUUGGUGUUGCGGCCGCUGGUAGUUCAAGUGAGGGUGGUGCUUCUGCUGCUGGUGAAGCUGAAUCUGCGGCUGCUUGGGUUGGGGGUGCAGCGGUGAACGGAAGGGGAUGUGUGCAGCGGGAGCAGAGGCUGGCAGUGGUUGUGAGCGAGAGGGCGUUGCAGCUGGUGAGUCUGGUGCAGUCAGGGCUGCGCCGUGUGGUGCUGGGGGUCGUCCUCACACACGGUGCUGACUGGGAUGCCCCCCCUGCUCCCACUGAGCCCCUUGAAACCAACAGCUUCAGACGCAGCAGCAGCAGCAGCAGCAGGUGGAUGUGGCUGGAGGAGCUAGCAGGCAGGCUAGAGGAGCACACAGGGCAUUCCCUGCCGAGCCUGCUCGCCAGGCACGGGUACGGCAGCCGUGCCUUCCCCGGGUGGUCCAUGAAGGCCCGGCUGGUGGCGCUGCUGUGUGACAUGCCUGACCUAGUGCGCGUGGGCGAGACAGGGGCGCUGCUGCCAGUGGGGGAGGUGACCGAUGGGGAGCACAGCGGCAUGUUGAAGCACCAUGAAGCACAUACGUGCAAGGGCGAGCAGUUGAAGGAACGGAGUGAGGAGGGGGCUUACAUGUGGAGGGAUGGGUGUGUGGAUGAUGAGGAGGCGGCUGAGGAGUGGUGGCUGGAGAUGGAUGGCGGGGAGUGGGCUGAGAGCGAUGAGCUGGGCCUGCGGCACUGCGGCCUCGUGGUGGUGCUUGUACAGGGGGCUGAGCUGGACCCGCGCUUCAAGACGUGGCACGUGCGCAACGAGGGCAAGUGGGACGGGCGCGUCUACUCCAUGGCUGGCCUCAGCAUCGGGAUCGCCUCCUCCCUUGCCUCAUCUGAUAGCGGUGUCGAACGAAAGGUGCAAAUUGAUGGAUUCAAACGUGAGGGAAAGGAUAAGGUGUGGGGAAUGGAUGGGAUGGGAUAUGAUGACGGUCUUACGAGCAGAGACGGUGUGAGGAACGAUGUGAUGGAGCGUGUGUCGCCGUGCGCUACCAUUCCCACAAUGCUGAGACGCGCUGCCGCCAAGGGCCCACCGACUGGUCCCUUGGAAGGGAAGGCUUCCAGAUUCGCGCGCUCCACGAGGAUCGCUUCUUUCGUCGGUGUUUUGGUCCUACUUGUGGUUACCACGUUUUGUUACACCAAUCAUUACUUCGCCACCGUUUCAGACGAUUCCGUUCAUCCAGAUGACCUCAGCGAUCAGGAAUCCACGUCGGAAGCUUCCGGCAGAGGUAGCGAUCAGACGUUCCCGACGGUGGAGCCGAGUGCGACGGAGAAGAUCGCCUUCCUCUUCCUCACGCGUGGCCCGCUCCCCCUCGCGCCGCUGUGGGACCGAUUCUUCCAGGUGCGCCUCGCCGCUCCCUCGCUCCCUCGCGCUACCUCACGCGUGCAUACCGCGCUCUUAGGUGCGCAUCGGUGCGAAUUACGCGAUUCACAAGCGUCGGAUAAUGGAGCUUGCGCGCUCUCUGAACACGGCCGCACACCGCUCACUGUCUCACUCUCUCUGCCCCGCGCGCCUGUCCCCAGCAGGGCCACGAGGGGCGCUACUCCGUGCGUGGAGAGCGGUGGGGCGUGGGGUGCGGUGGGGCGUGGAGAGCGGUGGGGCGUGGAGAGCGGUGGGGCGUGGAGUGCGGUGGCGUGGGGCGACUUCUCAAUGGUGGCGGCGGAGAGGAAGCUGCUCGCUGCUGCCUUCUUCGACCCCCUCAACGCCUUCUUCGCGCUCCUCUCCGACUCGUGCAUCCCCCUGUGGCCCUUCACCUUCAUCUACAGCUACGUUGCCUCUGCCAACGUCAGCCUUCUCGAUGCGCACCAUGACGUGUACCGCAUGGGGUUCCGGCGCUACGAGAGGCACAUCUUCAGUCCUCUCAUUCGCAAGGAUGACUACGUAGGCGGCAGCCAGGUGCGGCACGGGGCAGCCAGAUGGGGCACGGGGCAGCCAGGUGCGGCACGGGGCAGCCAGAUGGGGCACGGGGCAGCCAGAUGGGGCACGGGGCAGCCAGGUGCGGCACGGGGCAGCCAGAUGGGGCACGGGGCAGCCAGAUGGGGCACGGGGCAGCCAGGUGCGGCACGGGGCAGCCAGAUGGGGCACGGGGCAGCCAGAUGGGGCACGGGGCGGUGGGGCGAUAGCUGCACGCAGGUGACCCUCUGCUGCUUGCCUUGCACUGCACGAGUGUGGGCACACCUCUGCCUCGCACUCUGCUGCUGGUGCUCAUUUGCCAUUGCCCGACACAGUGCUCACGUGAUGUGUGUGCCGUGCUGUGGUGCAUGUGCCGUGGCAGUGGUUUGUGCUGCGGAGGCGGCACGUGCAGAUGAUCACGAGGGACAGGGCACACUACCUCACACACCAGAAGAGCUGCCAGGUGCAAAUCAUUGCCAGUGA